CCCUUCGGGCAGCUGGGAUCGCGACUGGUUGCGUCCCUGACUCGGUCCAAUCAUCGGAGAGCGACGCUUUCUCCUUGAGGAAGUGACGCGCUCGGAACCUAGUGGGGGCGGUGGGAGCGAUGCGGACGCGGAGACGCUGAGUCGCUGGUAGUGGUGCUGUGAAGAUGGAGUUUCCCGGAGGAAAUGACAAUUACUUGACGAUCACUGGGCCCUCGCACCCUUUCCUGUCAGGGGCCGAGACAUUCCAUACACCAAGCCUGGGCGAUGAGGAAUUUGAAAUCCCACCUAUCUCCUUGGACUCUGACCCCUCACUGGCUGUCUCAGAUGUGGUUGGCCACUUUGAUGACCUGGCAGACCCCUCCUCUUCACAGGAUGGCAGCUUUUCAGCUCAAUACGGGGUCCAGACAUUGGACAUGCCUGUGGGCAUGACCCAUGGCUUGAUGGAGCAGGGCGGGGGGCUCCUGAGUGGGGGCUUGACUAUGGACCUGGACCAUUCUAUAGGAACUCAGUAUAGUGCCAACCCACCUGUUACAAUUGAUGUACCAAUGACAGACAUGACAUCUGGCUUAAUGGGACACAGCCAGUUGACCACUAUUGAUCAGUCAGAACUGAGUUCUCAACUUGGUUUGAGUUUAGGAGGUGGCACCAUCUUGCCACCUGCCCAGUCACCUGAGGAUCGUCUUUCAACUACUCCUUCACCUACCAAUUCACUUCAUGAGGAUGGUGUUGAUGAUUUCCGGAGGCAACUUCCUGCCCAGAAGACAGUGGUAGUGGAAACAGGGAAAAAGCAAAAGGCUCCCAAGAAGAGAAAAAAGAAAGACCCAAAUGAACCUCAGAAGCCAGUCUCUGCGUAUGCAUUGUUCUUCCGAGAUACGCAGGCUGCCAUCAAGGGACAGAACCCGAAUGCAACCUUUGGUGAGGUAUCGAAGAUUGUGGCUUCCAUGUGGGACAGUCUUGGAGAAGAGCAAAAGCAGGUGUACAAGCGGAAGACUGAGGCUGCCAAGAAAGAGUAUCUCAAGGCACUAGCUGCUUAUAAAGACAACCAGGAAUGCCAGGCUACUGUGGAAACAGUGGAAUUAGAUCCUGUACCACAGUCACAGACUCCUUCCCCACCUCCUGUGACUACUGCUGACCCAGCAUCUCCAGCACCAGCCUCAACGGAGUCUCCUGCUUUGCCCUCUUGCAUCAUAGUUAAUUCCACACUUUCAUCUUACGUGGCAAACCAGGCGUCUUCUGGGCCUGGAGGUCAGCCCAAUAUUACCAAAUUGAUUAUUACCAAACAGAUGUUGCCUUCUUCUAUCACCAUGUCCCAAGGAGGAAUGGUUACUGUUAUCCCAGCCACAGUGGUUACCUCCCGUGGGCUCCAGCUAGGCCAAACAAGUACAGCUACUAUUCAGCCAAGCCAGCAGGCCCAGAUUGUCACCCGGUCAGUGUUGCAAGCAGCAGCAACAGCUGCUGCUUCCAUGCAACUGCCUCCACCCCGACUACAGCCUCCUCCGUUGCAACAGAUGCCUCAGCCCCCUACUCAACAGCAAGUCACCAUUCUACAGCAACCCCCUCCACUUCAGGCCAUGCAGCAACCUCCACCUCAGAAAGUUAGAAUCAACUUACAGCAGCAGCCACCUCCUCUGCAGAGCAAGAUUGUGCCUCCACCCACUCUGAAAAUACAGACUACUGUGGUCCCUCCAACUGUAGAAAGCAGUCCUGAGCAGCCAGUGAACAGCAGCCCCGAGGCCCACACAGUGGAGGCAACCUCUCCUGAGGCAAUCUGUGAAAUGAUCGCAGAUGUAGUUCCUGAGGUGGAGUCUCCUUCUCAGAUGGAUGUUGAAUUGGUGAGUGGAUCCCCUGUGACACUGUCACCUCAGCCUCGAUGUGUGAGGUCUGGUUGUGAGAACCCUCCUGUUAUCAGUAAGGACUGGGACAACGAAUACUGCAGCAACGAGUGUGUGGUGAAGCACUGCAGGGAUGUAUUCUUGGCCUGGGUGGCCUCUAGAAAUCCAAACUCUGUGGUGUUUGUGAAGUAGCCUUCCUCUUCUCCAAGCCUUGAAGAUUCAUCUGCUGGACAUGAGUCCAGAAGCCUGUUUUUUGAACACAAGCUGGGUUUCUGGUAGUGCCUGACCUUUACCCAUAGUCCUUCAUGCCUCCAUCUCCCUUUUCUUUCUUCAGCAGAGGCCAGACUAUGUAGCAGAGCCAGCAAAUUCACUGUAAUUUAGAAGUGCUUUUUACUCUCAACUGUAAGCAAAAUUACCAGCUUAAUAGCAAGCACAGGGAAGGGUGAUGGGAGCAAAUCACAGGGGUUAUUAGAAGAAACAUACCAGUAAAAUUGUCAGACAACUUGCCUAAAAUGUUACUGGGAGAGUGCUUAGCUUUGUUCUAGGCAGAAACAGCUCUGGGAUAAGAGAGGCUUAGGGUUACAGCUCAGUGGUAAAGUGCACUGGGUUUAAAUCCCAAAUGAAAGAGGAAUGAAAAUACCAAUUUAAAAUAAAAUGUGUGAUAACCCUUUAAAAGGGAAUUAUUAUUAAUAUACACAGUGCUAUUAGGAUGAAGGUUUGAAGGCCUGGGGUUAUGGCUUAGUACUAUAAAGCUCUGAGUUCAGACCCCAGGCUGCAAAAUUGGGAGUUCAAGAUCCUUGGCCCACUAGUGAGUUUGAGAACAGUAAGAUGCAUGAGGCAAAGGUUUUACAGAACAUGGUGGCCCGUGCCUUUAAUCCUAAUACUUUGGAAGUAGACAUAGGAAGAUUUUUGAGUAAGGCCAAUCUGAACUUACAUCAGACUUUGUCUCAAAAAACAGACUGGGUGUGGAGGCAAGAGGCAGGUUGGAUCUCUGAGUUUGAAAUUAGCUAGGGUUACCUAGUGAGAUCCGAUCUUAAGGUUCCCCUCCUUGCCCCUAACAAGAACACACAAAUUCUAUUUGUCUCAGUCUUAGCACAUUGGGCUAGAGGGAAAACGACAUCAUCCAGAACUAUCUUUCUCUACAAGUGUUUCUUUACCUGACUUGUAGGUUACCAGUUUUGCAUGUAAGAAGCAGAACUCUAUACCCCUAAUAAGAGGUUUUACAAAGUAAAGAAUCUGUGUUUGAUGAAACAUCUUUUAAAUGUGCAUUCAUUUACAUAAUGCAUAGGCCAAUUUUUUUAUAUUCUAAGCUCUAAUUUUAAUUGAAGGUACCUUGUUUUUCUUAGAAAUUAGCUACAGACUAAUAAACCAGCAAACGUACAUAGAAUGCGCAAAAGUUUAGAGUACCAUAUGCAUGGUAAAAUUCAAAUUAACCCUGUUUAUAGCAUACUAAUUGCUAAGCGCUGUGAACCUGUGUAGUCUUUUAUAACAACACGCUAGGUAGCUAACAUUCUUCUUAUAAUGAAUCACACUAAUUAAAGAGUAGCACAAGGACACACUUCAGAAAUUCCAAUUAUAAAACAAACUUUUAUUUAUUUAUAUACAGGGUAGGGGACACUGUUGCAUAAACAGUCCUCUUCAGGUGUGGCUUGUAGCCCAUGGCUCUGGAUGCUCAGCGUUGUAAGGAAGUGCUUCUAUAAAUUCUUAGGUUUAGAGAUGAUGCCGUCCGGAUACCUUUGCUUAAACCGGGCAACCACAUCUGGGUCUAGUAGGUGUAUCCCAUCCAGUUGGUUUCCAAGAGUAAUCCUAAAACAAGGGGGAAAGAAGAGACAAACCAAAAAUCCUGCAAGGGCUUAAUACUGUUAAAAUAUUCUACUUUCUGGUGAUGCCUCCUAUCACCAAAUGGCCAUGCCAGGUUUUGUUCCUUUAAGUCUCAGUCUCAGAGUCUGACUAUGUAUUUCAGGCUGUCCUGGAACUCUCCGUGUAGACCAGGCUAAUCUUGAACUCAGAGAUCUACUUGCCUAUACCUCCCAAGUGCUGGGGCUAAAGGUGUGCUCCACUAUGCCCAAUCCAUGUCAAUUUUUAAACAGAUCAUAGCAAAUAAUAUGGCAGUGUCAAUACAAAAACUGACUGGAUUUUAAUUUCUUUGGUGGUCCUAAGAGUUGAACCUAGGCACCUUACAUAUAUACUCUUAACACUACCAGCCCCCCUCCUCUUUUUUUUUUUUGUUUGUUUUUCUUUGGUUUUUU